AUGACGUCCGCCCUCCAGCAGCAGCUCGCCCAGAUCGCGGCAACGAGCACCCACCAGCUCGACCUGAAAGCUCAGAAGGCUUCUCACGGCAAGUCGCUGCUGUUCGAGCCCAGGAUUGCCGCCUCGCAGGACUUCAAUACCAUCUACCAGAUAUGCCACGAAGGCUACCAGGACCUAUGCAUGCUGGAUCCUCGCUUCGCCGCCUUCGCGCAAAACCUGUUCAGCGAACAGAGCAAGACCGAGGACAGGACCCAGAUGACCAAGAAGGAGAACGAGGAGCUGGAUGUUGUGUUGGAGAGCUUUCUCGGCUUGGUCGGCGCCAGAAUACUGCUGAAGCCUGCAGUGAAAGCUGUCGAAUGGCUCGUUCGCCGCUUCCGUAUUCAUGAAUACAACACAGAAUUCACCAUCUUGACUUUCCUCCCGUACCACAGCACUCCCGUCUUCUUGAGCCUGCUAUCCAUUCUGCCCAAGAAGUUUUCGCCCACCUAUCGAUUCCUCUUUCCCUACAUUACUUCGCUCGCAAGUCCGCCGCGUCAAACGAUCGUGUACACAGCCACCCACACCCCGGCUUUCUUGUCGGCCCUGAAUUCCUACGUCCUGAAGGUUACCAAGGCACACCAGCAAUCGCCAGCUCUGAUCUCCUUCUGGGCUAGUGUGGCAACCCAGGCUGUUCACGGCAUGCUGGAUGAGGCUAAGGCUGGCAGAGGAAAUGUCCAGCGCCAGCGUGAGGAAGAUGUUAUUUUGCGCAUUCUUCCCGUGCUCAACGAGGCAUUGACCCUGAAGAAUGCGCCCGAAUUGAAGGUCGGCUGCUACAUGAUCAUGACGGUCAUGGCAACCAAGGCAUCAUUUGAAGACAAGCUUCUGAACGGAAUGAUGGAAGCAGUCACUUCCAUUUUGGCCCAGGAGAGACGGAGCGCAAAACUACCCAAACCGGUCUUGAGGAGUCUCCUCAAAUUGGAUCAGCUGGCCGCCAGGAUUUCGGACCUCUCCCAGCGGUGUCGCGUUGACAGGUUGGCUUUUGGCUGUGUCCUGGGUAUACUAGAGAAAUACGGAAAGUCGGCAUCUUCGGACAGCUCCGCAUGGCUGGAUGUGGUGGAGAAGACCCUGCACGCUCAGAUCUACGAUGAUCUGCAGACCGGCGUAAUAAUCAAGUCGCUCCUAGUCACCGUUCAGAGGAUCGACUUGGCUACCGAUGUUACUUCUGAGCAGCGGAAUCUCCUAGCCGAUUUGAUCAUCCGCCUGAACCAGUCGCCCGACAUCGGACAGACCAUUGCAAAGGUUAUUGACGGAGAGGGCAUGGACGUUGAGAAGUUGGAGAUGCAGCUCAAGACCGUCCUGCGGCCAGCUCUGGAACCCAAGAAGGAUGAAGAUGACGACGUCGACAUGGAGGAUUCCCAACCUGCCUUGGCAGAUGCUAUUGAGGACAUUCUGUCUACGCUGCCUUCUGAGACAACGGAGGAAUCAUUCUUGGUCUCCCAUGAUUCGGCAACUUUCGAGGCUCUCUCAAAAGCAUUUGUUCCUCUCUUCUCUGGGAACGACUCUCGCUACCUAACUUUCCUUGCUCGGUUCUGGUGUGGAUCGUACCCAGCCCUAGCAAGGAGCACUGCAGCUCUCAUCCCUUACGUUAAGGGCACCAAGGCUGCCGUUUGGGGCCGCGAGACGAUUUACGGAAGCUCGUCCAAGUCUAUCAAGUGGCUUUCUACCGAUGAUGCUGCUAAAGUGCUGACUGCCGCAGUCCUGCCAACCUUGGAAGACGCCCACAAGCAUGCAGGAGCAUCGGCACACGGCCCUGAAUUCAAGUCUGCUCUCAGAACCUCUCUUUGCGGCUUCCUGAGCAGCCACGCUGUGAACACGCCCCUCCUUGGAAUCAGGUUGCAGGGUCUGCACUUGUUGCAGAGAAUCAUCGAAGGCAAGUUUGGAACGGAUCGAGCCAACAUCCAGCAGGCCGCUUUCGAGCGCCUGCGUGCAAUCUGGUCCUCAUUGAAGGGAAGCAUGAAGCGGGAGGCAGCCCAAUUCUUGCUUGGUCUUGCUCUCGACUCGUCUGAUGACGCACUUGUCAAGACCAGACGGGACAAUGCUCUCGAGACUUUGAGGACGGUUGAACUUCCUACGGACGUUCUCGUUGCAUUCCUCGAUGACAUUCCGAAUGCCGCUGAAAUGGCCCGUUUCGACCCCAGGGAUACCGAGGAGACUACCAAGGCCCUUGAGAAACUUACUUUGGUCCUUGAACUUGUCGAAGGUUCGUCUCCAGAAAACCACCCGGCUCUGCUGCGCGGUUUGUUCCAUAUUCUUGGCGAGCUUCAGCAGUACAAGGUCCAGACGAGCUCCAGCCUGGUCUACCUCCAGAGCCUCAUUAUCAGUUCCCUCCUGGCCAUUGUCGACAGAAUGAAGGCUACCGGCGCAGAGAUCGACCAGUCCACUAUCCCACUUCUGCUCAUCUCAAGCCUGGCUACAUGCGUUCCGGAUGUUGUGCUUCACAGCGUCAUGCCAAUUUUCACCUUCAUGGGCUCUUCGAUCCUCCGCCAGACGGACGACUACUCGGCACAUGUUGUCGACCAAACAGUCUCCCGCGUGGUGCCGCCCCUUGCGGCAUCUCUGCGCAAGAGGAAGAGGGAUCUGGUUCUCGGUGCUGCUGACCUUCUGCUCAGCUUCACGGCGGCGUAUGAGCACAUCCCUCUGCAUCGUCGCCUCGGUCUUUUCGGACAGCUGACUAAGAAACUCGGCCCUGACGACUCUCUCUUUGCCAUUCUCGCCAUGCUUCUUGAAAAGUACCCCGAGGAUGCGGCAGUUCGCCGUUUCGCUACUGAGCUGAUGAGGAUGUUUGAUCCUGUCACCAACUUGAAGGCUUCUACGAGGUAUCUUGAGCUUGUUCAGGAUGCACUGAAGCCUAAGCGCACCAUGUCUGAAGUCCUCUUCUCUUUGAGUGAGAAGGACGCGGACCAGAUUCAGGAAACCGCUGUCACUCUUCUCGAGGCUCUUUCGUCGCUACUCCAGGACGGUCACCUCCACAGCAGGCUCCUUGAGAAGACGAUUCAAAUGUCUCAGCACCUCCUUCGUCUGCUGCCUACCGCCGAGCUUGUCAAGUCUACUGACACUCUCCUCGGCCAUGCAAGCGACGAUGUCCGCCGUACGGCCCUUCGCGCUGUUGAGGCUCAGGCCAUCAAUGUCAAGCAAGGCGAUGCUCCGGCUAGGAUUGCCCUGCUUGACCUCAAACACACGGCCGUCGCUUGCAUCGACCAGAUUUCGGAGAAGUUUGAUCGUCUGCGCGAUGACUUCAUUCCUCUCAUCCCGAAGGUUCUCCCCAAGGCUUUCGCAUACCUCGAGGAAAGCAUCAAUGCGGGUGCCAAGGGAGACAGCCUGCACAAUGCCGUCUACUCGCUCCUGUCUUCCAUCAUCGAGCGCAUUCCCUACAUCUUCUCGGGCUCUUACCUCGAUUCGGCACUGCAACUCUCGCACAAGUCCGCCGCUGCCGAGCUCAGCGACGAGGCCGACGAGAACCGCAAGCAGUUCUGCCACCUGGCUGCCAGGCAGAUCGACGCGAAGGACUGCUUCACCGCGCUCGACCGCAACUGGGACAGCGCAGUCAAUGCUGGCUUCCCUGCGCCGAAGGAGCACCUUUCCAUGCUGCACACGGCUCUCGAGACGCGCCCCAAGUCCGUCGUCGGCAAGAGCGCGCAGACGCUGUUCAGCUUCUUCCUCAAGGCGUUCGACCUCCGCCGCACCCAGCUGCAGAGCACUUCGGACGAUGCGGAGGAGAGCGAGACGCUUAGCGAGAUCAACGAGCUGGAAGAGCAGAUCAACGCCGUCGCCCUGACCAUGGUCAUGAAGCUGAACGACGCUUCCUUCCGCCCCUUCUUCGUGCGCCUGGUCGAGUGGGCAGCGUCGGCCCUGCCGAAGAAGGAGGCCCGCGGCCGCACGCUGCGCGCCACCAGCCUGUUCGUCUUCCUCGGCGCCUUCUUCGACAAGCUGCGCAGCAUCGUCACCAGCUACUCCAGCUACGUGCUUGAGCUGGCUGCUGAGGUUUUGGGCCGUGAGGAGGUCAAGGGCGCCGAGGAUGCCGCGCUGCUGCGGGCGGUGUUGGGCGCGUUGACGAAGAGCUUUGAGAAUGAUGAGGAUGACUUCUGGACCGCCCCCUCCCACUUCACCACCAUCUCGACGCCCUUGCUCACCCAGCUCUCGACUUCCGCUUCCUCCCCUCUCCUCCACUCGCACGCCAUCCCCGCCCUCACCGCCCUCGCCGCCGCCGCCUCGCACGCCGCAGACCACCACAAGGCCCUCAACACGCGCAUCCUGCAGCUCAUGCGCGCCGACCAAGCGCCGACGCGUCUGGCUGCCGUGCGCGCGCAGCAGGCGCUGACGGACGCGCUCGGCGAGGAGUGGUUGGCCCUCCUGCCGGAGAUGCUGCCGUUUAUUAGUGAACUGCAGGAGGAUGAUGAUGAGGAGGUUGAGCGGGAGACGCUGAGGUGGAUUAGAAGGAUUGAGGAGAUUUUGGGGGAGAGUUUGGAGGGGAUGUUGCAGUAG